AUGCCGCCCAGGAAUGCGUUCCUAGCGCGCAGCCUUCGUAUCAUUCAGAGCUAUGGUGUAGAUUGGGCUCUCGCCGUACUCAUUGCCUUAUUCUCCAACUUCUAUCUGGAUCGAUUUCAGAAUAUUCCCGACUUCGACCUCACAGACACUUCGAUACAAUAUAGCUUCGUUGCGAAAGAGGUCUUUCCAAACCAAACGCUAGCCUAUAUCCUUGGCUUCUGCUUCAUCAUGGUCGUCAUAAGCAACCUUAUACUGAGUCGAAAUAUGUGGGACUUGCAUCAUGCGCUAUUGGGCUUAACUGUUGCUUUCUCAUUCACUGGAACCUUUGUGGAGAUAGUUCGAAUAACAGUCGGGCGACCACGACCAGGUACGCACUCUAAACUUAUCGCUUUCUUCACCCGACGUCCCCAGACUUCAUCGCUCGUUGUAAUCCCUUCGCAAACGCUACGAAUGGUCAUUUCUAUGGACUGGCGAAUGUUACUACUGUGUGCCAAACGCCGGUUACAGAGCACAUCAUUAAAGAUGGGAUGCGGAGCUUCUUUAGCGGACACGCAUGUUUAUCUUCGACUGGCCUCGGCUACGUCAGCUUAUACUGGGCUGGCAAACUGCAGCUUUUCAACCAAAGAGGCUUCACUUCCAAGCAUUGGCUCGUUUUUUUCUCCGCUUAUGUUGUCCAUUUGGAUCUGCAUUACGCGUGUAACUGAUCAUCGCCACCAUUUCGAGGACGUUACGCUUGGUUUUUUCUCUGGCCUUAUCCCAACCUACGUUUUCUACCGGCAGUUUUACCCACCGCUGGAAGACCCAAAUUCGCAUCUGCCUUAUCCCCCGCGAUCUUCCUCCGGACGUAGGACUUGGACGCAACCAACGACUUGGUUUUCGUCUUCGGCCGAUGUCGACGACGGGCCAACACCACUCCUUCCUACGAAUCGUGGGACAGACACGCGAGCCUCGGUCUCGAAUAUUGGCCACGUUGAAGCCGAGCUUGAGGCAGGUGGACUGGUUACCACACCGUUCAACCCUGAACCAAGCCGGACUCCGUCAGAACCUCCUCUAAGAGGUUAUUAG